AAACCCGAAAGUCAAGAAAAUCGCCACAAUUCCACCAAACGUUUCGAGAACCACACUCAAAACUAUUCAAAAGCAACAGAUUCUACAUAUCGAUAUAACGAUCACAAUUCCACAUUUUCAUCAAUAGAUAUAUCCCACAAUGAGCAAUGGUUACAGCAUCUUUUUGAUGUGUUGGCAGAAGACGAAGUUGAUCACUAUUCAAAUUUUCUUUAUUAUAAAGGAGAAACUUGCGAUUCGAAAGAUAUAGACGGCAUGUCGGAGGAGGAUUAUGCUGCAUUCAUUCGCAAAGCUGAACAACAAGCGGAACAACAACGCUUAAUGCGUCAUUAUCAAGCAGAACAGAUACGCCUGCAAGAAAUAAGACAUGAAAGGAGAAUCUCAUAUUUAGCUCAUUGGAAUCAAUUUGAUAUAAAUGGACAAUCAUCGGUUGUAUUCAAAGACAUCCCAUGGCCUACCACUGACAUAAGAAGACUAUCAAAAGUCGACGUAGAGGAUUUUUUAUUAUCAGGCAUUAAGGAUGAUUCUGAAAUAAGAUCUAUAUUACGUCAAGAACAGAUACGUUUUCAUCCUGACCGUUGGCAUCGAUGGAUUAAACGAAUGCCAUCCGAAAGACAGAAAAAGAAAAUAAUGGAAACUGUUACUGAAAUUUCCC